AUGCCACGAGAUAAGACUCCUUGCUCUGAUCGGUCUCUUGUUCGAGACCGAGACAGGGGUGCCGACGGCGCAAGUGGCACUGUUACGGACCGGAACGAUCCAAGGCCGGGCGAUAACUUGACAUCAAGCCAUCUACCUAGCGGGGUGAUCGAGGGUGGUGGUGGCAGCAAUACACGCGUCAAAUUUUCCAUAGGUCCCACGGUUUCCCUGGACGAUGGCUCAAGCCUCGGCCCGAGCUCCACGAGUCUAUGCGAGACUAGCGGUUCGUUCGCGGUGGCUAGUUCGUUGAGAAUCCCUCCCGUUCGGUCCGCCCCGGUGCCUUGGAGGCCUCGGGCUGCGAUCAACGCCAAGAGCUCAUCCGCUCGCAGCGGAAGCAAGCGAUCGGGCGAAAAGCGGGCACACCAGAAGCAGCUCUCCGGCAGAAACAGCGAUGAGAAGGAAAUCGACGAGACGACCCUGGCGGAAGCCGCAGCGACAGCAGCUGAGGGAGACGCACUUGCUGGAAGGUGGAUAUCUCCUAGGGACGCAGGUGAAAAUGGCGACCUCUGCACUGCUGGUAGUGCGGGCAACGCACACAAACCACCCUCCGUGCAGUCGAGCGUGGUCUACCCGCGAAUUCCUGACGCACACGGCUGGGUUUCCCUGAGGCUGAACCCGGCCGAACGGUCGCUAGAGCCUUGGGGCACCGCCCUCGCGCCUAUGCGGGCCAUGUGCGACAUCGACCCGUCGCUGUCCCGCGCCGGGAUUGUGUACAGGAACGUCAUCCAUGCCGUGGAAGGGGCACAGAAGAUGAAAACGUGCCACAAAGCCAAGGUUGGCCAACAGUGGCCGAGGCUUAUCGUGACUCUCAAAAGGUUGAUUCGAAGGCUCCGCCGCCGCUGUGGCAAACUCCAGGAGCUCUUGCGGUGGGAGGCCAAGUUCCGUUGGCACUACGGGAAGCCCCCUCCGGAAGUGGGGGUGUGUACCACGAGUUCUACCAGGAAAACUCUCCUCUCGGAGCAGCAGGAGCUUAGGGUGGUGCUGGCUCACCUUCGAGCGAUAUCGUUUGACACGGUUAAAGCCGUGUGUGAGUGGCGGACGACGUUCCUUGGGUCCGGAAAACCAGGGUAUCGUCGCAUGCAUCCUAGCGAGUCAGCCCCGGGUCUGCCCAAUGGAAUGACGCGAUUCCCGGAACCGCUCGCAGAAUUUCAGGAACAUGAUCAUGGCAUCGGUGUAGUCUGCCGUGAAGAUCAAGAAGGGCACCAUCAAGGCAACAGGCAAAAGCACAGCCAGAGAGGACACCCGUGGUUCAUUGACGCUUCGCAGGAGGGACACCAAGCCGGACUCAAGCGCCGUGGCAGCGAAGACGGUAGCGUGCACCACCAUGACCCACACGACCUUCGCGAUGAGGUCGAUGACAACGCGCUUACACGGUCGAUAGCCGUCCCUCGGCCUUUCGGCGGCAAGAACGACAGCGGCCCGGCCCCUUUGUUCCUCUGGAAGGGCAACAACUACCUCACCAAGAUGGCCCAUGAUCUAGAGUUUCUCGAUGACGCUGACGCGUCCGCUCCGGUCUCCGCUUGGCUUGGCUUCUCGGUUCGAGACAAUCCGUUCCUCAUCCCUCCGAACGGGCUCAAUGUUUGCGAGGAUCUGCGGCGGCAGCGCGAAGAGCGCCGUGAGGAGGCGGCCGUGCCGCGACGGCAGCAACAGCAACAUAAGCGCUCUCCGGGUACAGGCAACGGGCAGAGACGCCUGUCCCUCUCUCGGUCUCGAUCCCGAGCGAAUAGCCACGACGACGACGACGACGACAACGACGACGACUACCAACACCGACGCACGUCCGCCAGCGGCGAUGUCUCCGCACCUCUGCCUCGCCGGCAAAGUAAACAAGAGCGAAAACAAGGCCGCGAUCCCGACAGCGACAUUAAGGGUAGUGAUGCACGGCCAGAGCCGAUGGUGCUAACGCCGCAGCAACAGUCGGCGCCGCCCACGGCGGAUGCAGACGCGAACGACGAAGGUCGGAAGCGAAAAUCGGGAUCGGCAACCGAAAACGUGGUGACGACCAGCCCGUUGUUGCUGGUCACCGAUGAUCAAAACAAUGGCGUGGAUGGUGGGGGUGGAAUUUUUGUCACUGAGGGCGUGGCGAGGAGCGCUUUUUCGACGGCGGCGGCGGAAGGAAGCCUCCGCUCGGCGUCAACGUCGGUCGAGUCCCCGCUUUUCCCGGCGGGUCUGGGGUAUUCGAACGACGAGAACACUAUCCCGUACCAGCUGUCAACGGACGAAGAGGAGGAGUUGCAGUGGGCGGGAGGAGGGCGCCUCGACCAGCCCAUCGUCCCCGAGCUUCACGAGUCAGUCCGCUCCAAAGCUCUGGCCGCCGCGAAGGUGCUCCGGAGCGAGGCUGCGUCCGAACAAGCGCUCACGUCGAGCGCCCGGGCAAUCCUCUCCAACGCCAGGCGCACGGAAGAGAUCUUGCACACUCCGGAGAGAGACUGCUCCUUUAGGAUGGAGUCGCUGGCCGAGCGGAGUGUCAGGGAGGAGCUCAGAGGCGCGCUGGUGGACAGGCACGUCGGCGCGACAAGGCUAAAGUUGUUACCGUCGUUGUUGAAGUCCUCUUGUGCGAUGAUGAGAAUGUCGUCGUGCUGGAGGGAGGAAAAAGAGAGGCCUCCGUUCGUUCGGUCGGUGUCCACGGCGCCCGCGAGGGGCGGUGGCCGUCCAGGGCUCACCGUGGUUUGCUCCGGCACCGCUGCUGCAAGGGGUCGGGCGGGCGCGGCGCGGCUAGGCCACGGCCGAGCGUCGGCGGCUUUCGGCAGCAGGGGCGGCGGCGGCGGUAGCAGCCGGGGAGGGGUCCGCGUCUCGGUAGAUGGGCAUCACGAGGCAACGGACGGGGCGAUAGCUGGAGCGGGAAAACGAAGCAGCGAUCCCUCGCGAUGUACCCAGAGCGUACCUAGAGACGGCAACAUCACCAAUAACCGCAUCGAAAAGGGAAAGCGUGCGCCGCUGCCCUCCUCCCGAUCGCAGUGCCUCGAAAGCGGCACCGGAUCACAAACGCACACGACGAGGCUGGGCGGGACUAAUGAGGGAACCGCCGACACGGCUGCUGUGUCCGCCGCUUCUCCCGGGGACCGUUCGACGACCUCCUCUUCCCUCCAGGCCAGCUCCUCCACUAUGUCGGCCCGGGCGCGAGCCAAGGCGCUCACGGUCCGCCCCACAGCCAGGCGCCGCCCGUUUUGUCGGAACGGCGGCUGCAGGGUAAUCAUCCCAGACCCGGGGGUAUCCGCGGAUGUCCGUCGCCGGGCGGCGGCGCGGAUCCAGUCGGCGUUACUGGCCUUGUGCGCGAGACGGUACGUCCGCGGGCUGCGGGACGACCGCGAUCGCGCGGUACGGUUGAUUUGGCGAAACUGGCGCAGGUGGAGGACCAAGGCGGACAUGCGCACCGCGAGACGCCUGAGGCGCGCCGAGGGCCUGCGGCGGGUAGCGGAGGAACGGUCGAGGAACCGCGCCACCCACGUCAUCCAGACGUUCUUCAGGGACGUCAGAUACAGACGGGAAAGGGUGAGGGAGAGGAAAGCAGGCCUCUCGAUUUCAAGUACGACGAACGGGAUCCCGUAA